CCAAGGUCCAGGAAGAGAUUGACCAUGUGAUUGGUAGACAUAGGAGCCCCUGCAUGCAAGACAGAAAUUACAUGCCUUACACUGAUGCUGUGUUGCAUGAGAUCCAGAGAUACAUUGACCUUAUUCCCAGCAGCCUUCCCCAUGCAGUGACCUGUGACAUGAAAUUCAGAGGUUAUCUCAUUCCCAAGGGUACCAGUGUCAUAGCAUCACUGACUUCUGUGCUAUACGAUGAUAAGGAAUUCCCCAACCCAGAGAGGUUUGAUCCUAAUCACUUUCUGGAUGAGAGUGGCAAGUUUAAGAAAAGUGACUAUUUCUUCCCUUUCUCAACAGGAAAACGAAUUUGUGUGGGAGAGGGUCUGGCUCGAACAGAAAUAUUUUUAUUCCUGACCACCAUUUUACAAAACUUUAAGUUGAAGUCUCUAGUUGAUUUAAAAGACCUUCAUACUACCCCAGUUGCCAAUGGAUUUAUUUCUGUGCCACCCAAAUUCCAGAUGUGCUUCAUUCCCAUCUAAAUGGAUUUCCCUUCUAAAGCCCUUUCCUUGAGGAUAUAGUUGAUG